ACUUUCACUGCAAGGCAGCUUCACACGAGAGAGGAGCGAGGAUAAGGAGAAGCUUAUAGGCGCUUCCACAAAGUCUUUCCUGGGACACUUACUCUGUCGGAUCAUUUGGAAUUGUACUAGGAUACCUGAACCGAAAUGAAGUCUCCAAAGAUGAAGUCUCAGAGCAAAUCAUUUAUUGAGGACGACGACGACCUCAACGCCGUGCUGUGCGAGUUCGAUGCUGUUAUUGAGGAUUUCACGUCCCCCAUAGAGAAGAGACACUUCAGAUAUGAUGAACACUUAAAAACGAUGAAGAGGAGGAGCAGCGCCAGCGUCAGCGACAGCGGCAUCAGCGACUCAGAAAGUGCAGAGUCGCUCAACAGAAACAGCUUCAGCUUCAGCGAUGAAAAGCUCAACUCUCCCACCGUCUUCUCCCCUUCACCUACCAGUCCCUUAGUUAUGUCACCCAAACCUAAACUUGGUGACACAAAGGAACUAGAAGACUUCAUCGCUGACCUUGACAAGACAUUAGCAAGCAUGUAACUGGAGUUGCAAUGGCAAUGGGCCAGCAUAAGGCAGCCCCACCAUGAGGGAUAACAGCCAGGCAGCAGGACGCGCACUGGACUGUCAAGGGCCUUGACAAGGCAUUCUCAUGGACUAACAUGCUGAACUAUGAUGUAAUGCAUGAAGACUGAUAACACACACACACACACACACAAUAUCAAGACUGGUUGUUUUCCCUCGGGAAAACAUGAGCUGGAAGAUUAUUUAAAUGGCUUUUUAUAGAAAUCUAUUUGUAAUUGUAUAGAGGAGGUUAAUGUAAAUUUACACAGUAAUGCCUUUUUGUGAAUAUAUAUAUAUUUUUGUAUUUUAUGUAAAUAUGAAUCGUUUCUAUUGCUUUGUUAUAAGAAGCUUUUCUGUUUUGGUUGCUGCAUUAUUAAUUGAGUUUAGUACCAUGAGCUUAACAUGAAUGUAAACUUAAUUUUUAAUUCACUAGAAAAAACUGGAAAGCAACAUUAAAGUGUAUUUAAUAUGACUGCCAGAGAUUAAAAUGGAAAAACUGUGA